UGUUUGUUAUGUUCAAAUGGAUCAGUGGGAGGGAAAGAGAAAUUUGUAUUUACUAUUUACCCUCCAAAACUGGUAAUACAGUUGGAGACAUUAUACCAAGUUACCACUAGUUGUCAAUUAAAGUAAUAAUUGUUAUUAAACAAUUAGAGAACGUAAAAUGAGUUUGUAGUUACUAGUAAGUGGAAAAUAAUAUUUUUGUUCAGUGCAAUAUUCAAUACACGUGUGAUAGUCAUAACAUAACCUGCAACAUUGAAGCAUGGAUUCAAAAUAUGACUUGCUUGGAUCUAAGAGUGUGAAGAAGUUUCAUCUAAGUCCAAAGCCAAAACCAAUUAUAUUUAAUUCCAAAAAUGGACCUUCUUCUCCAAAGAAAAUUAAGUUCAAUAAUACCAAAUUUGAAACAAAUUCUCUAUCUGUUACCAAUGGAAAGAGUAAAAUUGAUAUCCAGGAACAGAAGAAGAAGUUGCCUGUUUUCCAAAAGAGAGCACAACUGUUGAAUUUGAUUCAAAAACAUGAUACCUUAAUUAUUCUCGGAGAAACAGGUAGUGGAAAAACAACUCAGAUUCCACAAUUUAUCCAUUCUGCUCGUUUACAAAAUAAUGGACGAAUUGGAAUUACCCAGCCUAGACGUGUUGCAGCUGUUAGUGUUGCUAUAAGAGUUGCUCAAGAAAUGGGAAACACAUUAGGUGUUGGUGAGAUUGUUGGGUAUACAGUAAGAUUUGAAGAUGUCACUUCGAAACGCACUAAAAUUAAAUACUUGACUGAUGGAAUGUUGCUCAGGGAAGCAAUUGCAGAUAAAUUGCUGAUGGAUUAUACUGUAUUAAUCUUGGAUGAAGCACAUGAAAGGACCAUACAUACUGAUGUAUUAUUUGGCAUUGUGAAAGAUGCUCAAAAAAAUAGAAAAGAAAAGAAAUUGACUCCUCUCAAGGUGUUAUUGAUGUCUGCAACCAUGGAUGUUGACCAUUUCUCAAAAUAUUUUAAUAAUUGCCAAGCAGUUUAUUUGGAAGGCAGAACAUAUCCUGUAAAUGUAUUUUACACAAAGACCACUCAUGAAGAUUACCAGACAGCUUGUAUUGCAACGUUCUUCAAAAUCCAUAGGGAGGCUCCGGCCAAUCAUGACGUUCUUAUGUUUUUAACUGGCCAAGAGGAAAUUGAAGCUGUCGCGCAUCAAAUAAAAAUUCUGGCUAAGGAUCCUGACGUCGAAGGUCCUCCAAUAAAGGUGUGCACUUUGUAUGCAUCUCAACCAAGCACUCAGCAAAUGACUGUGUUUCAACCAGCUGGUCCUAACACGAGAAAAUUAAUAAUAAGUACAAAUGUCGCUGAAACUAGUGUAACAAUAAGUGGAAUUAAAUAUGUAAUUGACAGUGGAAUGGUUAAAGCCAGGACGUUCCAUCCUUCUACUGGUUUGGAUUUAUUGAAAAUUCAAAGGACGUCGCAGGAGCAAGCUUGGCAGAGAACAGGAAGAGCAGGACGCGAAGCGGAAGGCUCGUGCUAUCGCAUUUACACGAAGGCUCAAUUUGAAAUGAUGCAGAAAACAACAACACCUGAAAUUCAGCGAGCAAACUUAGCAACUGUAGCGAUUCAAUUGCUGGCGCUUGGAAUUCAUGCUAUGCGUUUUGACUUCAUGGAUAAACCCCCAAAAGAUGCCGUCCGUGCAGCGUUUGAACAACUAAAGAGGCUCGAAGCUAUCAACGACAUUGAUAAGUCUGAUUUAACACCUCUGGGUAAAAAUAUGGCGCAAUUUCCUUUGGAUCCGAGAUUCAGUAAAGUGUUACUAUCUGCUCAAAAUUAUGGCUGUUUAGAAGAGGCUUUGACUAUUGUCGCUCUGAUGAGUGGCGAGUCGAUAUUUUUGAAUCCACCGUCGAAAAGGGAACAAGCUCAAACUUCGAGACAGAAAUAUUGUUCUGCUCUUGGAGAUCAUAUAACACUCUUAAAUAUAUACAGAGAAUUUAAUAAUAUUAGUCAAAAUAAUAAAAGGAGCUGGUGCCGGGAUAAUUAUAUUCACAUGAGAAACAUCCUUUACGCACGUGAAGUACGUACACAAUUGGCCGACGUGUGCAGAAGAUGCGAGAUACCUGUAUCUAGUUGCGGCAGCAAUAUGGAUCAAGUUAGGAAAUGUUUACUAACAGGGUUGUUCACUAAUAUAGCAGAAAUUCACAAAGAUAAACAAUAUAUUACAUUGGAUAAACGGCAAGUAGUUACUAUUCAUCCCAGUUCAGUAUUGCAUGGCCAAUUGCCUCCUUUGCUGCUAUUCACAGAAGUUGUGCAAACUACUAAAUGCUAUUUACGAGGUAUAUCUACGAUAGAAAGGGAAUGGUUGGAUGAGAUAGUUCCUAAUUAUAUUAGAUCACAUAAUAUCAGGUCUAAAGAUUAAUUUGUUUUUAUAAAACAAUUAUACUCAUCAUCUUGUAAGUAUUGUUA